AAUAAUUUUCUUGCGUAGUAAUGUGGUAUAUGUUAUUGCAAAUUUAAUGUGAAAUUACAUAUUCAAGUUUGGUAACAAGAUUCAAAUACUAUUUAAUGCAUUUAGCUGUACAUAUGCAUAUUAUAUGUGGCAAUUUAUUGAAUUUGACUUAGUGAAAAUGGUUGUAUGAGCCAUGAAGUUACUUUGUAGGUUAAAAUGCAAACAACAAACCUGACUAGGAUGUCUAUAUACUCCAGAUUUAAUUGAGACGAAAAAGAAUGAUGGGAUAUUGUUAUCUUCUUUUUGAGGCAAGGAGUUCUUAAAUAAACUAAUUGAAUAGAGCAAUGCAAGCACAUCCUCCUCCUGGAAUUCCCUGUCUUAACUCUCUCAUGCAUGGUUAAAAAUGAGGUGUGUAAACUCUUUGUCGUUUGUAUAGGAAAUACAUGGUAAAAAUGGUGUUUUUUCUGGAUGCAGAUAUAUGAUUUUGACAGGGAUUAUAAAGAUGUUGGCGUUGCUCGGUUCACAACAAAAUACUUUGUUGUAAGAAACUGUCUGCUCAAUGCCAAGUCUGAUAUGCUUCUUUCGGCCUGGAGUCCUCCUCCUGAAUGGGGAAAAAAAGUUAUGCUUCGUGUAGAUGCAAAACAGGGGGCUCCUAAAGAUGGGAACUCCCCACUUGAACUCUUCCAGGUGGACAUUUACCCCUUGAAAAUACACUUGACCGAGACAAUGUACAGAAUGAUGUGGGAAUAUUUCUUCCCAGAGGAGGAGCAAGACUCCCAGCGAAGACAGGAAGUUUGGAUUUCAACUACUGCUGGUUCAAGGCGUGCAAAGAAAGGUUCAUCAACACAUGAAGUUUCUACCGGUCAUUUGGGUAAAGAUAUGCAGGUCUUCUCUAAAUCAAGUACCUCUGUGCCACCAUUUACAGGUGGAACUUCUCAGUCUUCAUUUGGUGAUGUGGCAGAAGCAUCAAAGUUGCAGCACUUAAAUACAAAUAUUGUGUCUGGGGUAACACCACAACUGCGACGGACAUCUUCCUUUGAUAGAACAUGGGUGGAAAGCGUUGCUGAGUCUGUAACUAAUGAACUUGUUUCAAAAGCUCAGUCUUCUGAUAUAUCGUCAUCUUUGGCAAAAUGUGAGCCAAAGGCAGCAUGUAUUGAGCAGCAGUUAGAUGAUGCAUCUUCUAAGAGUAAGUCUAAACUUGUCAAAUCAGGUCGCUACUCUCAAGAAGAAAAAAAGACAGGAAAGGCUAUUGAUGAAAAACGAUCCAGGCCUAGAAGGAUGAGAGAGUUCCACAAUAUUAAGAUUAGUCAGGUGGAGUUACUAGUAACAUAUGAAGGAUCAAGAUUUGCUGUAAGCGAUUUACGGUUGCUGAUGGAUACAUUCCAUCGUGUGGAAUUUACUGGAACCUGGAGGCGGCUAUUCUCACGAGUUAAGAAGCAUAUCAUAUGGGGAGUCUUAAAAUCUGUCACGGGAAUGCAGGGAAAGAAGUUCAAAGAUAAAGCCCAUGUGAGUCAAAGAGACGAAGGUGGUGCAACCGGAGUUCCCAGCAUUGAUCUUAACCUGAGUGAUAGUGAUGGAAGAGGUGGUGAUGGAUCAGCUGGAAAGAGUGAGCAGCAGAACCCGUUGAGCUGGCCUCCAAAGCGUUCAAGUGAUGGAGCGGGGGACCGGUUUGUGACGUCUGUGAGGGGACUUUUCAAUUCACAGAGACGCAAGGCAAAGGCCUUUGUACUGCGCACGAUGAGGGGCGAAGCAGAAAACGAGACAACACAUGGUGGUGGGGAGUGGAGCGAUAGUGAGGCUGAGUACUCUCCCUUUGCCAGACAACUCACCAUUACAAAGGCCAAGAAGUUAAUUAGGAAACACACUAAGAAGUUCCGCUCAAGAGGCCAAAAAGGUGGCGGUGGCUUAUCGUCUCAGCCAAGAGAUUCGCUCCCCACGUCCCCAAGGGGCACGCCUUUCUACAGCGACUCUUCAAGUGGGUCCUCACCCCCUUAUGAGGAUUUCAACGAAUAGCCUCUCCCUAUCUGCCCGUGGUUUGGAAGUUUCUAUUCAAUGGAGAAAGAAGAAGAUGCCCACUUCAUGAGCAAAAAGGAAGCCCCAAUCAAGCCAUUUGGUAUGUGUAAAUGAAUUUUAAUUUCCUAUACUCCAUAGGUAGUAGUAGUAGUAGUAGUAGUAGUAGUAGUAGUAGUAGUAGUAGUAGUAGUACAUAGUACAGCAAAAGUAUGGAGACAGAGAGAGAGAGAGAGAGAGAGAGAGAGAGAGAGAGAGAGAGAGAUGGGGGAGCUAAUUUUUGUAAACACGCACGCGCGCACACAGUGGAUUAAAAGUUUAGCCCAAAAGGAAGAAAAGAUAAGAGUGAGGUUGUCUUUCUCCCCAAUCCUUUCUCUGGCUGUUGCCGCUUUGUGUACAUUAUGAAGAUUACU